AUGCCACCAAGAGGCUUCAAAAAGGAUGAUGACUACAACCCAUAUGCAUUUCGCCUCCCCCAUUCGCUGCAAUGGCACGGUUCAGUCAUCCCACGAGUCUUCCCCUCGACUGUUGUCUGUCUUGCCGUUGCUGUCGCAGUCACAUGUAUUAAUGAGUUGACCGAUAUCAAUAUUACUAUACCUCAAAUGCUUAUAACAGUCAUUGGUUUCGUUGUUGCUUUGCUACUGACCUAUCGCACGAAUACAGCAUACGACAGAUACUGGGAGGGUCGUCGUCUUUGGUCUAAUCUGACGGUUGCAGUGCGCAACACGGCACGCGUAAUCUGGAUUAGUAUCAGAGAGGAGAAUGCCACCAUAAUCCUCGAGAAAAAAACUGCACUAAAUCUCCUCGCUGGUUUCGCCGUUGCCACUAAACACUACCUCAGAGAAGAGGAUGGCUGCGAAUUCGAGGAUCUCAAACCUCUUAUCUCUAACAUUCGUUCUACUUUGCCUGGAUUUGAACCGCUCGAGGACCAAGAUAAGGUCUCGGAAUUAGUGCGUCUGGGUGCUGGGCCCAACACUCUUAAUAAACUGUUCAAGAGACAGCGCAAACCCCAUGAGAGGAAAAAGGGAGAGCUUGCACCAAUCAAUCACAAUCUACCACUUGAAAUCCUGCUUUAUCUCGCUAGUUACUUUGCCGCGCAGAGUGAUGCCAAACGUAUCGGCGUUCCUGCUGCCAAUGCUUUAGGCAAUGGUCUUGCACAAUUGACCGAUUGUUUAACUCAUUUCGAAAGGAUUUUGCGAUCACCUAUUCCAGUCGCAUAUUCCAUCCAUUUGUCGCAGACAGUCUGGAUCUACUGUCUCAGUCUUCCAUUCCAAUUUGUAGCAUCAUUGCAUUGGGCAACUAUUCCAUUAGUGUUUCUCGCAUCGUUUGUUUUAUUGGGUAUCGAGAAAAUUGGUGGCGAGAUUGAGAAUCCGUUUGGGUAUGAUGAGAACGACUUGGAUCUGGAUGAUUUCUGCAACUUAAUUAUACGUGAACUCGAUACAAUCACAGCCAAUCCGCCACCUUCAGUUGAUGACUGGAUAUUUGCUCCAGAGAAUCAUCCAUUUGGUCCUCAAGGCGUGACUGCCGAGGAAGCACGCAAAUUGUCAUUGGAGGAUGUCCGUGUACUGCUGGAUACAAGUGCACAGGAAAAAAGGAAUUCAUCUGAGAUUAAGAUUGAAACUAAAUGA